AUUUUUCUCUUUUGACUGGAUUUAGGUGACUAGACCUCUCUUUAGUGUGCUGCCACUCCCUAGUCUCAAAUUCCUGCUGCUCUGGUGCCGAUGUCCACGCCAAAUGCCGCUCCUACAGCCGGCUUCCUUCCUCCGCUAUCGCCUCAUUCGCCAUCUUCUCCCGUUAUCCUCCUCCGUCCCCUUCCACCGACGAGCAGCUAAUACCAUCUUCUUUUCUACCGCUCGCCGCCACACCCCUAACAAGAAUCUUCUCAAAGCCAGAAACGUUAUUAAGGAUCUCCCCUCCCUCUCCCGCUUCCUCUCACCCGAACAAAACCUGAAUCUCCUCCCUGAUCAGGCCACCGGCUUCGUCGCUGCCUCCCAGGCCAAUUUCAUGCGCGUCAUCGUCGAUUCCGUUGGAGACUCUGAUUCCGGCGGGAGGGUAGGGACGCAUUUACUUUGCGUCGUGAGAGCUCUGCUAAAGAAAAUUAGGAGAAGGGUACUGGUCGGAGACAGAGUUUUGGUUGGAUGGGUGGAUUGGGUGGAUGGAAGGGGGAUGGUUUUUGAUGUGUUUGAGAGGAAAACGGAGCUUAUUGAUCCUCCUGUUGCGAAUGUGGACCAUUUUCUGGUUCUUUUUUCAGUGGAGCAGCCGAAAUUGGAGCCUUUUACUUUAACUCGGUUCUUGGUUGAGGCUGAAUCCACUGGGAUUCCGCUCACUCUUGUUUUGAACAAGUGCGAGCUUGCUAGUGAGGAGACAUUAUCGGCAUGGAAAGAUAGGCUUUGCACAUGGGGCUACGAACCACUGUUUUGUAGCGUAGAAAGCAAAAGCGGAUUGACUUUUCUUGAAGAUAUCCUGAAAGGAAGAACAACAGUUGUUGUUGGACCAAGUGGAGUUGGCAAGUCCAGCCUCAUCAAUUUUUUGAGAAGUGACCAACAUAUUGAGGAAAUUAGUGAUAUUUAUGGUGAAGGUGUUAAGUGGCUUGGAGACCAGAGAGUUGCUGAAGUGUCGAAGAAAAGUGGUCAGGGAAGACACACAACUCGGCAUGUUUCCUUACUUCCGCUCGUAGGAGGAGGUUAUGUUGCAGAUACACCUGGCUUUAACCAGCCUAGCCUUUUGAAAGUAACCAAAAAGACACUUGCAGAAGCUUUUCCAGAGUUGAGGCAAAUGCUGAGAGAUAGUGAGCCUGCAAGUUGCUCAUUCAGUGAUUGCUUACAUGUGGGUGAACCGGGAUGCGUUGUGAAAGGAGACUGGGAACGAUAUCCAUACUACCUUCAGUUGCUAGAUGAAAUCAAGAUCAGAGAACAGAUCCAGCUCCGGACAUUUGGAACGAAGAGGGAAGGUGAUGUCAGGUACAAGGUGGGUGAUAUGGGCAUCAUACAACCUGAGCCUCGACUCGAACCUAAGAAGCACCGGCGGAUUUCAAGGAAGCGUCUCAAUCAAUCAAUACUUGAUGAACUUGACGAGAUAGAUGAGGAUUGGGAUGAAAUAGCAAGGUGAGAUUAGCUUUAGAGUUAUAUAUAGGUCAUUUGCAUGGCAAAGUAUUGAACAAUAUAUGAGAUUAUUGGCUUCAAUUAGUAAUUUCCCUGUUAAAAUAAGUUUCUAUAGCUCUGUACAUAUUUUGUUAUAAGAUUCAUCUUGCUUGACAUCAUUCAUGAUCGAGAAAUGUCAGUUCCUAUUAGUGUUGUUAAAAGCUUUCUGAAACUGUUUUUGGCGUGUAAAAUUGAGCCAAUGAAACAUGAUUGUGGAUGUCAAAACCGGGUUCUCCCA